AUGUUAUCUACUAUCUUAGAUUUUCUUUUCGGAGUUCUAUGUUACAGUCCUGUAAGAUCAGUUCACAGUUCAGAUACUUCUACCAUGGACGACCCAUUUGUUGCUUGCCCGUACAACUUUGCUCAUCGUGUACCUCGCUCGCGGAUCCAAGCUCAUAUUGUAAAGUGUCAGCCAAACUAUCCAGAACUUAACAUAUGCCCUUAUAACGCUACACAUCGGGUUUCAAAACUUGAAAUGAGAACUCAUGUUCUGAACUGCCCAUCUAAAAGUGCUAUAUUUCCUCAAGACAAACCUCCAAGACUAACAGGAUCCCUGACUACACCAAAACCUAUUUUACAGAAGGAUUAUUUACCCGAGACUGACCCUAAUCAUGAAAUGUGGGAUGAUUGA